CAAUCAUUUGAAUAUGGUCUAUAGAGAGAGAGCGAAAACAAUGUUCCAAAAGUGUCGUGUAACAAGUAGUAAGUAAUAGAUUAAGGACAGUGUUCCAGAGUGUUAUUAAGUUUCUCUUCGUGUUGUCAAGGUACUCCCACAAAAAAAAAAAAAGAAUGCUCAAGCGAGUCUGCACAUUGAUCAUUAGAAGAGGACUUUUGACAUUUCAGAAUGACGGCGCCUUCAGAGUUCAUCCAUCGGUAUCGCAUGCACUGGCAGAAAACCGCCCAGUGGUGGCGCUAGAGAGCACUAUCAUCACUCAUGGCAUGCCCUAUCCUCACAAUCUCAGCACAGCUAGAGAGGUGGAGGCCAUAGUGAGGGCCCAAGACGCCACCCCUGCCACUGUCGGGGUGAUUGAGGGCAAAGUUCACAUCGGUCUGUCUACGGAGGAGCUGGACUUCCUGGCCCGCUUUGACGGCUCUGUCAAGGUGUCUCGCCGUGACCUGCCGUAUGUGGUUAGCCAAGGGCUCUCUGGGGGAACGACUGUGUCGGCCACCAUGAUAGCGGCACAGCGAGUUGGCAUCCCCGUGUUUGUCACUGGAGGCAUCGGGGGAGUGCACAGAGAUGGAGAGAAUAGGCCACUGUUCCAGGAAUGCAGAAGUAAGAUGAAGGAAAUCUUGGGUGUUUGCGCAUCCCUAAAAUGUCCAUCCAUCCGUAUUCUAUUGCGCUCAUCCAGAAUGACAGGUCUGGAUAUCAGUGCGGAUCUAACAGAACUCGGCAGGACUCCCGUUGUUGUGGUGUCUGCUGGAGUCAAGUCUAUUCUAGACAUUGGGCGCACUCUGGAGUUCCUAGAGACGCAGGGUGUUUGUGUUGCCACCUAUGGACCAUCAAAGGAUUUCCCAGCCUUCUUCUCUCCACUAAGUGGAUUCACCUCUCCUUACCAGGUCAGCGACCCUGACAAGGCUGCACAACUCAUCGAGAGUGCUUUGUCGCUUGGUCUCCACAGUGGCGUGCUGAUAGCUGUGCCCAUCCCGCAGGAGUACGCAGCAGCUGGCCAGCAGAUAGAGCGAGCAAUACAGACGGCCUUGGCAGAGACAAAUGCUCGAGGCAUCACAGGAAAAGACGUGACGCCGAACAUUCUCCAAAGGGUCAACGAGUUGACGCAAGGAAAGUCCCUUCAAGCCAAUAUUGCUCUCAUUCAUAACAAUGCAAAAGUUGGCAGCCAGAUAGCCGGUGUGCUGUCAAAGCGGGUGAAGAAAAGAAAGUCAAGUAUCGCAUCAUAUCAUCCCGCUAAACAAUGUGAAACCAAUAUCGUUGUCGUCGGGGGUAUAAAUGUGGAUUUUAUUGCAAAAGGAAAAACGAAAACACUUCAAUUUGGACAGACCAACCCAGGAACUUUUUGUCAGUCAUAUGGAGGCGUAGGACGAAACAUCGCUGAAUGUCUGAGUCGUUUGGGUCAUCAGCCGAUGUUCAUCUCAGUCACCGGAGCUGAUUCUCAAAGCGAUGCCGUCUUCAACUACUGCAAACAUAUGGAUACCAGCGGCGUGACGAGGUUGGAAGGCCAAAGCACAGCCACCUACUGUGCGGUUAUCACUGAAAAUGGAGAACUCAGUCUUGGACUGGGCGACAUGGACAUUCAUCAGCUAAUAACAGAACAAUAUGUGUCACAGUUUGAGAAGCAGCUUUUGUCGUCCACCCUGGUGUGUCUUGAUGGAAACAUACCAGCCUCCACCAUCAGAUAUGUUUGCUCCAUCGCCAAACAGCACAACAUCAACGUUUGGUAUGAGCCGACGGAUUCAAAAAAAGCUUGUAAACCCUUUCUGUCCGAUGCCUGGAAGUCGCUGUCCUACGCGUCACCCAACCUGGCGGAGUUGUGCACCAUGAAUAAAACGCUUGGCCUUCAAACACCUAAAGUGCUUCCAAACUCCUUGGAGCAGGUGCUGAGUCUGGCCGUGGCCCUCUCGCGCCCCCUUCUGGAGCAUCUCCACUGCCUGGUGGUGACCCUGGGAGAGAAUGGAGUGGUGGUAUGCGGUGAGCACCAUGUGGGCUCAGUCAAUCUGAAGCCAAGAAUAGAGAAGAAGACAAGGAAGCUGUGCGCUCUCCACUACCCAGCACUGAGUGUAGCAGCACAUAAGAACGUCUCAGGAGCAGGAGACAGUCUUGCAGGCGCCUUGAUGGCCGGGAUCAUCCAGGGUCGAGACACGGACGCAUGUGUUCGGAUGGGUCUCCUGGCCGCACGCUUGUCCCUCGCAUCACCACAUCCUAUCGCUCCCAUGCUGAGUACACAAUCUGUAGAGCCCGACCGCAUCCAAAACCACAGCUGGCCCAAACCAACAUUCAUGUGGAUUGACUGAAAGUGUUUGGAGUGGGUGCCUCUAAAUUGUCCGUGUCGUUGUUUGUCUGUAUGUGCCUUGCAAUUGACUGGCAACCAGUCCAGGAUGUAGCUCCACCUCUUGCUCAAAGUCAGCUGGGAUAGGCAUCAGCACACAUUAAAUAUUGACACUUUUGGCCCAAUUUGGACAUUUUCACUUAGGGGUGUACUCACUUUUGUUCCCAAUGGUUUAGACAUUGAUAGCUAUGUGUUGAGUUAUUUUGGGGGGAUAGUAAAUUUACACUGUUAUAAAAGCUGUGCACUUGCUACUUUACAGUACAUUGUAGCAUUGUAGUGUCUUUUUUUUUGUCCCAUGAAAACAUAAAAUAUUUACAAAAAUUUACAAAAUUAAUUAUGUAUUGUAAUAAUUCCAAGCUUUUAAAAACUAUAUGCUAACCAUUUAACACAGAGUUGGGCAAAGUCCAGCCUGUGUUCUAAAAUCUGACCCAUGGAGCAUUUUAUUUUUCACCUUUUAAUAAAGAUCCUUUAAUAUGUGUUGCAUUA